CAGCACCUAACAAUAGAGAACCCAGAAACACUGCAAGUCAUGGCAAAAUCGGAAGGCAAGGUGCGGAUUUUUCUGGAGUCGGUCACUCACCUUGUGCCUGGCAGAGAUCGUGACGAAAAACUCAGCUUCAUUAAAAAUAUCGUCUGCCAACUUCACUGGAAACGGGACUUCGACUGGAGCCAAGAGCGCAUGUACCCAUACGGCGAUGACUUCGGCCUCAAGAACAGAAAUUGCUUUUUUCUGAUUGAUCACCACGGCGAUGAUCACACAGCUCAAGAGGAAAGCGUACCAGUCAUAUGGUAUAAGUGGACGGGAGAGUCCCUUGUUCAUAAGAACGAGAAUCUUCCUCUCAGGAUACAAGAAGAGCUCAAGAAAUGGCCAUUCAUAUGGGAAGCAAGGAAGCUCCCUCGGCUUCCCAGAGGUCCAGAUGGGAAAUUUGAACCAAAAGUCCAACGCGAAAUUAUCAGGUCCUUCCUCCGCCAAGGUAUACCCCUCGUCCCAAGGCACAUCGAAUUCCUAAGAGAGCAACCAGAACAUGCACUGUGGCUCAAGGCUCAUUUAGAUCGUGAAUUGUGGGCUCAAAUCGAGCCGUUGUGUGAGCUCCCGAAGGAAGAAGAGUAAAGGAUUGAUGUGGGUUUUAUUAUCUAGAACAGGGCUGGAUAAGAUAUGCUAGCUAUCGGGAUCGGGGAGGAACUGGCCUCGUUUCUGAAACAAGACGGAAAUUAAUACACCCUCAUAAUCGGUGAG